GGAUGCCGUGCGGAUUUGUGUGAGAGCAGCGGGAGAGUUCAGCGCUGCUUCUCACCACCGAUACUUGGGGACUUUCCGUCAACGCAUUUCUGCCUGCUCCUUUCUGCCUUCCACCACCACCGACUCGUUCCGCUCCACCGUCCGCUCGCUGUCACCGACGCUGUCACCACCCACGACGCAAUAAUCUACAAGACCACCCGCCCCCCCGAUCUCCUCGUCGCACCUUUGCACGCGCCGUCCAGACACCAUGGCCCGCAUCAAUAUUCCCAUCGAUGCCUUGACAUCGCGAUUGAACUUGGGCGGUCGUUUCGACUCCCUCAGGUCGCAGUCCGUCGGAUCGCGUUUCGCCAAUCUGCGUCCCAUCUCCGAGUUCCUCGAUAUCAAGCGCAUCAGCAAGCCAGCAGACUUUGGCACGAUCCAGAACCGAGUCAACUACAACCUAUCCUAUUUCAGCAGCAACUAUGCCGCCGUCUUCGUCAUGCUCAGCAUCUACAGCUUGCUCACAAAUUUGCUGCUGUCCUUCGUGAUCGUCCUGAUCGUAGGUGGCAUGUACGGGAUUGGCAAGCUCGAGGGACGUGACCUCGACGUGGGCUUUGCGCGGGCAACCGUGAGCCAGCUCUACACCGGUCUGCUCGUGGUAUCCAUUCCCCUCUUCUUCUGGGCUUCUCCCUUCACCACUGUGCUGUGGCUCAUUGGCGCAUCCGGCGUGACCAUCCUGGGUCACGCAGCAUUCAUGGAAAAAGAUGUCGCCGCUAGUUUCUCCGAGGAGGCGGUAUAGGUCGUCUGCCGCGCACUCUUCGCCCUACGAAACGGGAAGACGACCCGGAGCUCUCGGCGGGACCAGGCGAAGAGCCACGCACACAUAUCCGCAAGAUUGGGAGCUUCGUGAUCCACGCUCCAUUCACGAGCUGGACAGCGAGGGAGAGUAUGAUGAACAUGGACACGGCGUUGUGUUGAACGAAGGAAGCGAUCGCAUUGGAUCUCUCAGGACAAGCGAUAAACUGUAUUUUGAUGGCUACGACCUGGGUCAGGAUAGACGGCAAAAUAGAGGCGGCACAUUGUACGAUGAUCGAGCGUAUUACGAUGAUAUUUCGGAAGAAGAGGACGAGCAGUACCAGCAGAGCAGGUCGUAUGCUGCGAGGGAUCGUGAGGAAGCUCUACUACACACCGCUCUGGACAGGAUCUCGCGAGCACGAAGGGAAGGUAAGGGCAACGUGAGUCUGAGCAUGGACGAGAUGGCGGCUCUUGAGCGCAGGAAUGGCCAGCGAUUGGAGCAUCCGCCAACUCAAGCUCUGGUCUCACCUCCUGCCACCCCGGCAAAGGCAGCGAAAGAAAAGGAAAAAGCAAAGUCGAGCAGUCGUUCCAGCAGCAGCACGAGCUUGAAAAAUCAAAAGGGACGCAAGGGCAGCACGUCCUCCUUGCUUUUUGGUUCUCCAGCCAAGUCGAAUUCGAAGACCAAACAAAAGGACCCACCCAGCAGGAAGAACUCCGACCCACAAGCUCUUUCUGGGUACCCUCCUCGAGAGAGCAUGAUUCCUGGUCCGAACGGAGUCAUGUAUGCACCUGUGACAUACUUCAAUCCUCCAUCUCCAGAGCUUGCGCGCGCACACCCUUCUUCUCGAUCCUCUUCAAAGCAUAGUCGGAGGGAGUCGACGCCGCCAGAAAUGCCACCUAUUCCACCACGCUAUAUUCGACCAGAGUCGUCGGGCUCUCUUCGAUCUCAGCCGCCCGACGAUGCGGACUGGUAUGCCCCUCCAUCACGGACCAGAUCAGCGAGCACUGCGCAACAAUGGGCCGCGUACGACUACGACAUGGCACCGCCUCUGCCCGCAGCGCAGGGGCGACGCAAUGUCAGUGGUCCGCCCGCACCGGGACACCCGCCAAACCCACCUUACCCUACUGAUGUUCGCUAUGCUUCCCUGCGACGAGCUCCAGCUUCUUCAUCGCCUUUGGCUCCUCAACGAGGUGCGAGAGAGCAAUAUGGAAGUGGACUUCGUCGCGUGGAGACUAGCAGUAGCGAUAGUAGUGAUGGGCAGGGCGUGCAGAUCGAUGUCUUGGAUCAUCCGCGUGGUGGUGGGUACUCAAUACGUCAGACGAGUCCUUUGGUCGAGCGUGAGAAUGGGGGGUCUGCUGCUACUGCGACUGGUACUGGCUCUCCUGCGAAAGGCUCUAGUCCUGCGAGGAAGAGAAAAGGUUCGAGGCGAUGAUUGUAGUGAUGAAAUUUCUUGCGAUACCCGAACACUUAAUUUCAAAGCUCUAUCUUGUUCUUCUAUACUGCUCAUUGAACUUGUUGAGCGUGGUGGUGCCUUUCGGAAAAGCUUUCUAUGACUUUAUAUCAUUUCAUGCCAAAGGAAACCUCUCCGGGGAAGCAGAAACGCCAUUCUCUUCCUUUCAUUUUCCAUCGUAAUAUCGUGAUACCACAUCAUGUCCUCGACUGAAUCUUUCUUCGAUCUCCUGGGGAACUCAAAUCCUCUUCCACCAUGACCAGCCAUCCUCCCGAUCUUCAUCAUCCUCAUCAUCAACAAUCGCAUAAAUCUCCCUCUCUGAGACGAUUUUUCCACUCAGACAUGCUGUUCCUGGUGCCACAGGGCGGAAACUCACGGCUCCGUUGGAGCAGAGGCCGAAGA